UUCCCUCUCUCUUUCUCUCUCUCUCAUUUUUUUUUUUUGCUGCAAAGCGUGCGCUGCGAGCGGUUUGUCCACUGUUAGCUCAGGUCAUAUUUCACUGCUGGGCAAAGGCACUUGAUGAAUAGUAAGAACCAAAGUGAUGCACACUACACAUAGCAGUGCAGUAAAAUGAUUUUAACAGUGCAAUACUAGGAUUUGUUCCCCGAGGUCUGCUCAAAAUGCAAAGUGAGAAUCUGGAACCGGUAAAUUACUACAUUGGAAUUGACGUUGGCACAGCGAGCGUCCGUGCGGCUUUGGUAGACCAGUUUGGGACAGUGGUGGCUUACGCAGAGCAGCCAAUUCAAAUUUGGGCACCACAACCAGACCACUAUGAGCAAUCCUCUGAUGACAUCUGGGCUGCGUGUUGUACAGUCACAAAGAAAGUGGUCCGUGGGGUAGAUGUUUCUCAGAUUCGAGGAUUGGGCUUUGAUGCUACCUGUUCCCUUGUUGUUUUGGACACUCAUUUCAAGCCCUUGGCGGUCAACUCUGAAGGAGAACACAACAGAAACAUCAUUCUGUGGAUGGACCAUCGUGCAGCUGACCAAGUAGCACGCAUCAACAGGAUACGGCACAGCGUCUUGUGCUUUGUUGGUGGCGCAAUGUCUGCCGAGAUGCAGCCGCCUAAGUUGCUGUGGAUGAAAGAAAAUUUGAAAGAGUCGUGCUGGGGAAAAGCAGGGUACUUCUUUGACCUUCCAGAUUUCUUAUCGUGGAAAGCAACAGGUGCCACUGCAAGAUCUCUGUGCACUUUGGUAUGUAAAUGGACAUACUCUUUGGAGAAAGGCUGGGAUGCUAGUUUUUGGAAGCUGGUUGGAUUGGAAGAUUUGGUGGCAAAUAACUAUGCAAAAAUAGGAAAUGAAGUUCUCGCUCCAGGAGCUCCAGUUGGAAAUGGUCUGACGUCAGAGGCUGCUGAAGCCCUUGGCCUUGCUAAGGGGACCGCAGUAGGCGCUUCUCUCAUUGAUGCACAUGCUGGAGGAAUAGGCAUGAUUGGAGCCAGAGUGCAAGGACAUAACUUGCCCUGUGAAAACCAGCCAAUUACAUCCCGAGCCGUUGUGAUAUGUGGAACGUCUUCAUGCCACAUGGCGAUAAGCAAGUCCCCUGUGUUCGUCCCUGGAGUUUGGGGACCCUAUGACUCAGCUAUGGUGCCGGGAUUCUGGCUAAAUGAGGGAGGCCAGAGUGCUACAGGAAAGCUGAUAGAGCAUGUCGUCCAAGGACACGCUGCGUUCCCAGAGCUACAGACAAAAUCUGCAGCCAGUGCUCAAAGUAUAUAUACAUACUUGAACGGUCACCUGGAUCUGAUUAAGAAAUCUUUGCCUGUGGGUUUCCUCACUGUUGAUUUACAUGUUUGGCCAGAUUUCCAUGGCAACAGAUCUCCCCUUGCAGAUAUUACACUAAAGGGCAUGGUGGUUGGACUGACAUUAUCUCAAGGCCUCGAUGAUCUUGCUCUUAUCUACUUGGCCACAAUUCAGGCCAUUGCACUGGGAACAAGGCAUAUUGUGGAAACAAUGCAAGCUGCAGGGCACAAUGUCAACACUCUGUUCAUGUGUGGUGGGCUGAGCAAGAACCCUCUCUUUGUGCAGAUGCAUGCAGACAUCACUGGCAUGCCUGUUGUCCUGGCCCACGAGGUGGAGUCUGUUUUGACGGGCGCUGCUAUUCUCGGAGCCUGUGCUUCUAAAGAUUUUGCUUCUCUGCAGGACACGUCUGGAGGAUUUGACACCAGCAAUCCGAACCACCAGGACAUACUUCGGCAAGCCUUCCUCGAUGCCAUGGAGAAAAUGGGGAGAGUUGGGAGAGUUGUGCUGCCAAACCACAAGGAUAAAAGAUUUUAUGACAAGAAGUACCAGGUGUUUCUUAAACUCGUGGAACAUCAGCGGGAAUAUAAAACCAUCAUGCAGAGUGUGUAGACACCAUGAAGGAAAAUUACUCAUGACGCUGGAAGAGUGGUGGCAUUCUCCCCCCCCCUUCUGUUUCUUUAUUCCUUUAUCUAAAUCAAUGAUUCUCCAUAAUGUACUUACAUUUCUAAUUUUAUAAAAAUACAUUGAAUACUUUAUUGCCUGUUGAGCAGGUUCUCUAAGCUACUGCCAAAUACCAAAUCAAAGAAGGAGCCUAUGACAAAUUGCUAUGAGAUUACAAUGUAUUUCUCCUUCCUACCAUCUCAGACUGGGGUCAGCUUUCUGCUAUAACCCGCCACCAUCAACAUUUAUAGCCAAAUAAAUCUAGAUCAUCCAUAAAAUUCCUCUCCUUAAAUAUUUCAUGCAUUUAUUUUAGCUAAUCACUAAGAGUUAAACACAUGUCCAUUUACACCCUGUGGGUCUAGUUUGCACCAAAAGUCAGGAUAUAUACUCUGAGUCCCUAAAUAAAUUGCCCUCCCCCGUUUUCCUGGGCUCAUUCUCCUACUCUACCUCUAACUUUCACUUCUGGGUUUUUCCUUGCACACACACACACACACACACAGCCCCAGCUCUCCCCCAGGUUGCUAUUCCCUAGGAACAUAAAGGAAGGGUAAGGAUUUCAGAUAAUGAGGUUGCAAAGUAGCCGGUUAAUCUUAUGGGUAGCUGGAAAUAGCACAGAUGUCUGGUUCAAUUAAGUAGAUCGCCUUUAAACACUGUUGUCCCAGGCAGCAUUUCAACAUUCAGGCUCUAUAGCACCACCUUGGGGUAGAAUGAGGCACAGUUGGAUCACAAUCCUUUACCUGCUGCCUCCCCCAGGAGGGAAGUCUCUCAGGCAACAAGAAGCAGGAAGCAAUUGUUACAAUAGGUGACUGGAAAGAUCCUGCCCAGAACAACCA